AUGGAUAAUAUAAUUCGUUAUGGCUCUGUCGAGGGCAUACCCUUGUACAAUUGCAGUGGACACACUUCUGAAGAAUGGUCGGAGUUGAAAGGAACAAAAUGGCCUAUACUGGGGGCAUGUCAGGCGGCUUACGGUAUUAUGAUAGAUGUUCUCUAUCUACCGAUUCUCUCUAUCAUUUUUGAAAAGGAAAACUUCAAAAUGUCCUGCUUCAAGAUUAUGUAUUUGUUGGGGAUCAUUGACUUCUUGAUCACCUAUGUCAACUCCAUCCUCACCGGAUGGUUGGCCAUGAAAGGAGCAGUUUACUGUACUCAUCCAAACAUCAUUUAUAUCUCCGGAAUGGUCGUUUGCGCUCUUUGGUGCAGUUCCUGUAUGACUGCUCUUCUUCUCGUCGCAAAUCGUUUGUUGGGAAUGACCAAACCGUCGUUGGCUGUCAAACUGUUUGAUGGAAAAAAAACCUACAUUGCUCUUGUCUUCCCAAUCCUCUACUUCAUUUACUUUUUGUUCACAGCCCCUCUGGUUUUUAAUUCAAAAUAUCUCGCCUGGUUCUACACUCCAAUGAUUUUUGAUGACGGUGCAACAGAAUACUUCAAUCACUCUCAUACAGUAAAUAACUUUCUGAUUGUGACACUCACAUGCAUUGUCUAUACGCCAUUCCGUUGGGUUAUUGGAACUAAUCUCAAACAUGUCAAGAAUGCAAACGCUUCUCAGCUUCAGAAUACAAAGACGCAAGUGUUCCUCCAAUCAACUUUGAUCUGUGCAGCCAAUCAAGUAUGUGCAACCAUCUACGUUGUAAUGAACGUGACAGAAGUUCCCAAUUGGUUAAUCAUGUUUGCUCAUUUCACUUGGGAAUUUAUUCACGGCGCACCGGUUUUCAUUUAUCUCGCAUUGAAUCGAAUGAUUCGCGAACGAUUCUUGGAAAAGAUGAACAUGAUGAAAGGAGGAAUGUUCAGGGAGACGACUUCAAUGAUGCCAAUCAACAAGAGUGUAUCAUCACCAGUUGUGAUCGUUAAUUGA